AUGCUCUUCCACGAGCCCACGCCCUACAAUCGCGGGCUCUGCCUGGCGCGCUUGCGUGCUCUCGUAGCGCACCGUUCGAAAGUCCCCGAGAAAACGGCAGCUCCUCCUCAACGCGACUUCGCGCGACAACUCGGGCAACAUACCACCGCCCAACACAUUCCCAGUCGCUGCGGCCACGCAAGCCACGCGGCAGCGAUUCCACUGCGCGGGCCCGCUCUGUGGUGCAAUCUGUGCGUGUGUGUGUGGGGGAGGGGGGGAGGCAAUGGGCAAUGCGAGCGGGUGAACUCUGUGUGUCGGGCAGGGCUUUGCCCGCCUUGCCACACUGCAGUCUCGCUGGGCCGCUCUCACACAGCGCGGUGGCGGAGGUGCGCGGCAGCGCAACCGGACACCUUCGUGCAGGAUCGUGCUCCCGAGGAGGAGAAGGAGGAGGAGGAGGAGGAGGAGGAGGAGCAAGAGGGGAAGGGCGAGUGA